AUGCAGAGCCCUACACCUACGCACUACUUGGCGCUGUUGGUUGUGCGAAGGGGGUGGGGCCACCACGGCCAGCUAGGGAUCGCAGGAGUGCCGCUGUCCCACACGAAGAGCGGCUACUUCCCCGCGCCCGUGCAGAUGCCGGAGGGCGACGAGCAAGUGGUCGACCUCGGCUGCGGCCACUUCCACGCCUUCGCUCGCACCGCCAAAGGCAACGUAUACGGCUGGGGCAUGAACGAACACCACCAGCUGUUCGGAGAGCACAACGACAACGUGGACACCCCGCGACUCCUCAACCCCAUGCUGCCCUUCCUUGCUCACGAGCCACCACCCCAGGUCAAGAAGAUGGCAGGCAGCGGCGUCACGUCCGCGCUGCUCGUCGCCCACCACGACCGAACGGAGCUAUGGACAUGGGGCAGCAGCAUCAAGGUGGUGGGUCUCGAGGGAGAGGAGAUCAUAGACUUCGGCCUGGGGUGGGGCCACGGCCUCGCCCUCACCGCCAGCAAGAAGCUCUUUGUUUGGGGAUGGGGCAAGAACGGCCAGCUGGGUUUGGGCAACUACGACAACCAGCCCGUGCCCGCCCAGGUGACCGCCCUCUCGGGCGUGCCCAUCCGCUCUCUCGCCGUGGGUCCCGACUGCAGCGCGGUGGUCUCUGAGGAGGGACAGGUCUAUUUCUGGGGGCGUAACGAGUACUGGAUGCAGAUCAAGGUGGCCUGGACCAAGGGAGGCGAGACCAUGGGCGAGUGCGCGCCCAUCCACAUUGCCUUCCCCGACAAGGCGCCCCGAAUGAGGCAGGCUUCUCUCCGUCAGGUGCGGUGUGGGUACGGCCACCUGGUGGCCGUGGAUGAGGAAGGGCAGGCAUGGGCGUGGGGGCUCAACAAAAAUGGGCAGCUGGGCUUAGGGGACAAGGAGGAGCACCAAGAGCCGCGGCCCGUGGCGUUCUUCCGGGAGGAGAACCUCAAGGUGGCAUACGUCAGCUGUGGGCGCGUGCAUACGGUGUUCUUGACAGACGACGGCCGCCUGUGGACGUGCGGGAGCGGCGUCUAUGGCCGCCUAGGCCAUGGGGACAAGGAGGAUCAGAUCGUACCGACCCUCGUCGAGUCGCUGGCCGACUCGCGUGUGACCCAGGUCGAGUGCGGAUACGACUUCAACCUCGCCCUCCUUCACGUCUGA